AUGCCGCCACAACUUACAUUUUUUGGGGCAUUUAUUGAGAUUCUUAUUUUGCAAGCAGCAAAAGCGGCUAUUUCCGGAUGCCACUUCUUUGAAACUGUGAAUAUAUCGUCCAGCCAGCGACUACCCAAUGGUUCAUACGUAUACGAAGGGCUCGAAGUUCCUGUGGCAAUGACUGGAGAAUAUAGUUACACAAGCACGGAUCUGGAAAACUAUAAAACAGUAAAUAACCACUUACGAGGAUGUGUCUGCAAGCUAAAGCCGUGUAUCUGGAUCUGUUGUCGCCAUAAGGAUAUACAACCAAAUGGGGAAUGCACCGAUGGCCUGAUGAAGGAACUGAAUCAGAUACAACCUUUCCUAAAUGUAACACUCGGCAACGGAUCCGUGAACGGAAGUGUACUGCUCGGGAGUGCAAUAAACAACACGAUCAAAUUAAGGGGAUAUGACUGCCUUCAUCCAAAUCAGUUCAGUUCAGCCAACACUGAGUUCUUUGUGGCUGCCUUUCAUGGCGAUGUUGCUGAAUUUAACCUACCAGGAGCCAAUCAGAUCCUUUGGCUUUCGGAAGUAUUCCUGAUUCUCACGAUCGCAGUGUAUCUCUACGUAAAGAAAUUGCAGAAUCUGCACGGAAAGUGCCUUAUUUGUUAUCUGUCCUCUACGUUUAUGUUUUUGCUUCAUGAAUAUCUGGUGUACCUUGAUAUUCCUUUGCAAUUAUGUGCUGUACACGCUUACAGUUACAACUUUUUCUGGAUGGCCAAGUUCACUUGGCUCUUGUCCAUGAGCCAUCAGAUUUGGGUUGGAUUUACAUCGGUUAAUAGAUCAGAAUCCCAACACAGUUUCCGCACAUACAGUAUCUUCUCCUGGGGCCUGUCGGCUAUCCUGACGGGAGUCAUAUUCAUGAUUGAUUAUAAGUGGGGUAACGAGCCUAACAUGGUGGAAUGGAUUCCAGGUGUUGGUUGGGACGAUUGUGAUUUAAAGGGAGGCUGGAGUUAUGAUGCGACGAAACUCUCAUUAAAUAACUUCAUCGACUACGAUGUAAGGGCAAGGAAUUACAGUUCCACAAUGAUGAUUGAUUAUUGCAUUGGCGUCAUUAUUUUUGUGUUGUUUAUCCUGAAGCGCAGCACUAUUCGGCUUCUGAAAGAAAGGUGA